CCUCCACCAUCUGAGAGACUCUUCACUGAAAGAAAAAAAGGACAGACUUCUUUCACUGCCUCCAGAUAAUUUUGAGAACUCGUCAGGGCUUUGCCUCAGCAAUCAGCCAUGGCCAGGUUCCUGUUGGCUGCAAUCAUGAUCCUUCUAGGGUCCUCUGCCUCUUCUUCCUCCUCUUCAUCGGGGUCAUCGGCUGUGCUGGAGCCUCUGUUUCAGUACAUUGACGGGCAUCAAAAUGAGUUUGUUCAGAGGCUGGGGGAGUGGGUGGCCAUUCAGAGCGACUCCAGCGACCCGGCGAUGUGGCGGGAGGUCGAGAGGCUCCUCAACGUGACCGCACAAAAGAUCCAGGAGAUGGGAGGGCGGGUGGAGUUUGCGGAUGUGGGCACUCAGCAGCUGGCAAGCGGAGAGACUGCGACCCUGCCUCCUGUUCUCCUGGCUGACUUUGAGAGGGACGCACACAAGCCCACGCUGUGCAUCUACGGCCACGUGGACGUCCAGCCCGCCAAGAAGGAGGACGGCUGGGUCACUGACCCUUACAACCUGACUGAGGUCAAUGGUAACCUAUAUGGCAGAGGGGCCACAGACAACAAGGGGCCGGUGCUGGCCUGGCUGCAUGCUGUGGAGGCAUAUCAGGCCACCAAACAGGAGUUGCCGGUGAAUCUGAAGUUCAUUAUUGAGGGGAUGGAGGAGACUGGCUCAGAUGGACUGGAGGAGCUAACCAGGCAGCGGAAUGAGAGCUUCUUCUCCGAUGUGGACUACAUCGUCAUCUCCGACAACGUCUGGGUCAGCAGGAGGCCAGCCCUCACCUACGGCACCAGGGGCAGCACCUACUUCUUUGUGGAGGUGAAGGGAGUGAAUCAGGACCUACAUUCCGGAACGUGGGGGGGUUGCUAUCAGGAGCCCAUGAGCGAUCUGAUCGCUCUGCUAGACAGCCUGAUAGACCACAGUGGAAAAAUCCUCAUCCCAGGCCUCAACGAGGCUGUGGCCCCGCUGACCGAGGAAGAGAAGAAGCUGUAUGAGGACAUUCACUUUGAUGUGGAAGAAGUUAAAAAGGAAAUUGGGAUCAGCCACUUCUUACAGGACACCAAGGAAGGAAUCCUCAUGGCCCGGUGGCGCUACCCUUCCCUCUCCAUCCACGGGAUUGAGGGCGCGUUUUCUGACCCCGGGUCCAAAACAGUCAUCCCUCGGCGAGUCAUCGGAAAGUUCUCCAUCCGUCAAGUCCCCAACAUGGAGCCUGCUGUGGUGGAGAGACAGGUAAAGGAGCACCUGAAGCAGGUUUUCACCAAACGGAAGAGCCCAAACAGCCUGGCGGUGACCACCACUGUUGGGGCCAAACCGUGGGUGGCUGACCUGAAGGAUCCGCAGUAUGUCGCUGGACGAAAGGCAGUCAAAGCAGUUUUUGGAGUGGAGCCAGAGCUGGUCCGAGAGGGAUCCACCAUUCCCAUCGCGCACAACUUCCAGGAAAUCACAGGGAAGAGUGUGAUGAUGCUGCCCAUCGGCGGCCACGACGACGGCGAGCACUCUCAGAACGAGAAGAUCAGCAGGUCCAACUUCAUUCAGGGGACAAAGCUCUUUGCCGCCUACUUUCACGAGCUCUCACAGCUCCAGAAAGACCCAACAAUGUGACACUCGUCUGUCUGUUUCAUAAACUGCCACUAAUUAGAGGACCAACACACUACAUUACAUUAUUGGAAUUUUAGCACAUUUCAAUGCCUCACCCAUAUCCUCACUAUUAACCUCUUGUUAACACGUAACCUUUUUACAUCACUGCUUGUAAUUUGUCAAGUUGCUACAACGUCAAAGCCGUGUGGUAACGCUAUUACGCAGCAGCUAAGCAUGCUCUGUAGUUACACAUUUUUACCUUAUCAUUUUAACUAGAAGCAACUCAUUUACUCCCCCUAUUAAAUUCAGUGUUACAUUUUUAAAUGCAUUUGGCGCUUUCUCCACAGGGUGUUAAGCACAGUACUCAGCUGCUUCUCUUUAUGAACCAACAACAUCAACCAAUCUAAUACAGCAAUCAUAUAACACUGUUUGGUAAUGAUGCUUUAUUUUUUAUGUAGUUUUAUUUUGAUUUUUAUAAGAUGACUCAAGUCAAUAAUAUCUUUUUGUAUCAUUUGUAUAAUGAACCCCACAUAUAUUAAAGCUGAUAAACCCA